GUUUCGUUCAAUUAGGCGCGUUAUUAGCACUAUCGAUGGCAGUUCAGGAAAGCAGUGCUUCUGUGGAUGAUCAUGUAGAUGAAGAGAGUUGUGGUCCACUACUAAUACAGAAGCUGGAAUCGGCUGGAAUCGCUGCAGCUGACAUCAAGAAGCUCCGGGAAGCAGGUUUUCAUACUGUUGAGAGUAUCCAGUUCGUUCCAAAGAAAACUUUACUUGCAGUUAAAGGCAUCAGCGAAGCCAAGGCUGACAAAAUCAUAGAAGCUGCACAAAAGUUGGUUCCAUUUGGAUUUACAACUGCUACCGAAUUCCAUCAGAAACGUUCAGAAAUUAUUCAGUUAACUACUGGUUCCAAGGAGUUGGACAAACUUUUACAAGGUGGCAUUGAAACGGGAUCGAUUACAGAGUUGUUUGGAGAAUUUCGAACUGGAAAAACACAGAUUUGUCAUACUUUGGCUGUAACCUGUCAGUUGCCCAUUGAUAUGGGUGGUGGUGAAGGCAAAUGUCUAUACAUUGACACAGAGGGCACUUUUCGCCCUGAACGUUUAUUGGCAGUAGCGGAGCGGUAUGGUCUUUCCGGUAGUGAUGUUCUCGAUAAUGUGGCGUACGCUCGGGCUUAUAAUACGGAUCAUCAGAUGGAACUGCUUAUUAAUGCAGCAGCUAUGAUGAGCGAAUCAAGAUAUGCAUUACUGGUUGUCGAUAGCGCGACAGCUCUUUAUCGUACUGACUAUUCUGGUCGUGGGGAGUUAUCAGCUCGUCAAAUGCAUUUGGCUAGAUUUUUACGUACAUUAUUACGAUUGGCGGACGAAUUUGGUGUUGCUGUUGUAAUAACUAAUCAAGUUGUUGCCCAAGUUGAUGGUGCUGCUAUGUUCUCUGCUGAUCCAAAGAAGCCUAUUGGUGGAAACAUAAUGGGUCAUGCAUCAACUACACGGUUGGUUCUUGAGUUUUGA